AUGGUUAAAGAUCUAGAAAAACAAAACUCAGAUCUUUUAUAUGAAAAUUUAAAUUGGAAAAAUAAAGAAAGCAACUAUAUUCAGGCAAAAGAAGAUAUUGAAAAGCUAAAAGUCACUGUUAAAAAAUUAUCGAAUAACUUUUUGAAAGAAAUACAAAGUAAGGAUGCAAUAAUAUCAGACUUAAAUAAACAAAUUGAGAUUAACCGGAAUAAUUUUCAAGCAGAAAUUAAAGCCAAAGAGGACAAAAUUUUUGAGCUAGAGAAUGAUAUUGAAGCUUUAAUUGAGGACCAAAAGGACCAAGAACAUGAUUUGAUGCCAUAUGGAAUUAUUGAAGAAAAGUUGAGUAAGGAGAGAGAGGAGGAUAAAAGUAGAAUUAAUAGAGAAUUGCAAGAAACAAAGGAAAAAUUGGAAGAGUCUGUUAAAAAAUACAAUGAAAGUCUGAAAAUUAUUGAGCUGAUGGAAGACCUAAAAUUGAAAAUGAAUGAUAAAAUUUCAAAUUUAACUGAAGAAUGUGAGACUAAAGAUCAGGAUCUUAAAACAUAUACUUUGGAACGUUUAUAGCCUUGAGCUGUAAGCCCAGCUUAUAGAUAGGAUUCAUCUCCAAAAUUGUUUAGAGACUACACAAGUCAAAAUAAGAAUGCAUUUGCCACCAUCAGUCUUAAUCUGGCAGCUUCGUAAAAAACCCUAUUUUCAAGUUUAAGGUGAGCUAUGAGACGCUCUCUAUGCUAUAUAUUGACAAAUAUAAUCAAAGUCAAUCUACUAUUGAUGAAAUAGCAAAUAAAAAUUGUAUACUAAAUGAUAAGCUUUCUCAGCUUAAAUUAGAGCUAGAAAAAUAUAAGGGCGAAGCAGAUAUCACUGAUCAAAUAAGACUUGAUUUAGAAAAAAAGCAUGAACUCUAUAAAGCAUCAACAAAUAAGCUUAUAGACACUCAAAAGCAAAAUAUUUCUUCCUUAAUGCUGAUUAGCAAAUUAAUUAUUUUUUUUAGAAAAUUGAUUUUUUUUAUGAUAUAAACUAGUCUUAAAAAUAGGACUCAAAAAAAUAUUAUAUAAGAAGGAGAGCUAGAAAAUGAAAUUUCUGAAUUGAAAGAAAAUCUCAAGCGUAUUAUUACUGAAUCGGAAAUGAAAGAUAACGAGUAUGAUACAAAUAUAUCAGAACUGCAAAAUAAAUUCAACGAAAAUCUUCGGUACUUGCAAAUUUUGCAGGACAAUUAUAAUUCUCUACUGCUUAAAGAAGAAAAUAGCCAAAAAUUAAUGUCAAAGCUUGAAAAGAAAAAGAAAAAGAUUGAAAAUCUAAAAGCAAACAUUUUAGAUUUAAGCAAGUCAAAGGAAGAAAUGGAGAUUAAGAUCCAGGAUCUCACAAAAGAUUUAAUUACUCCCCCCAUCCUCCAUGAGCGAAAAAAAUUAGAAAAAUGCCUAUUUUUGGCCCUAAAGUUAAAGUGAACAAAAAUUUUUAAAUAUGAAAAUUUUUUAUAAAAAAAUAUUGAUAUAUAAGUGACAAUUAUUAUAAUGAAAUCUCUAGCUAAUUCUGCUUAAAAUUUAAACAGCUUGAAUUUUAAAAUAAAAAUUUCCAAUUUAAAUUAAUUUUUGCUUCUCAAUUUUUACAAAUUGGAAUUUUUUUAAAUUUUGAAGAAAAAAAAUUAACCCCCUCCGUUAGCGAACAACAUUUUUUUGUUCGCUUUUGGGGGAGUUAGUUAUUAAUAUUGUUUAACGUCCAAUGCCGCAUCAUCUAUACUGGUGUCUGCUCCUACUUCUGGAUACCUCGCCGCAUUGCAUCGUACACCGUCUGGCUUUGUUUGAAUGAUCUCUCAGCUUCUGACAUUUAGAUUUUAACGGCUGCCCUUCAAGUUCUCGAAUUGGCGCACUAAGCGCCCUAUCUUCAUUCCCAGGGGUUGAUAGUAUACUUUAGAAAAAUCCAUUCCCCUGGGAUGGAGUCCGAAUUUGCACAUCCUCUUGCUAAAUAUUCUAUCUUUGCCGAAAUAAUUCACUGGGUAAAGCCAAACCUCAUUAUCCUCAUUAUCAAAAUUUCCAAAGAAUAUAUUCUAUUCGGAGAACAGGUAAAUCAGAUUUUGAUUAUCACAAAAGAUUUACAAAAUCAAGAUUAUCUGUCAGAUCUUAAAAACAGCAAAGAAAAAUUGGAAAGAGAGUAUCUUACUUACUUAAUUAUCUGGUAUUUAAGGUGUCUAGUGCCGCAGCCCAAAAGGGCCUAUGGCAAAACUAGUGACGUAGGUGAGCCAUCUUGGAACAGGUCAGCCCUGGCCAAGCCUUCUAUCAACUCCUGCUUCACCAGCCUUGCUGCACGUCUCACCCGGCGCGAUGCCGUCGCCCUUGUCGCUCGACUCAGCUCCUGCGCGUGUUCCGCCUAAGGGUCAUCCUCCCGUGGGGAUGUGCUGAGAGGUAAAAGCCCGAAAUCUUGAGAGGACUGAGGAGCAGUUCCUCUGGUUAUCCCCAGAGUUAAACCGCUAUUGCUGUCCAGAAGUUCUCGAGUGAAAACCUAACCCUAUAAAUAAAAUUCCAUGAGGGAGAGAAAAUUAGCGAAGCUAAUUUCUCUCGAGCCGAAUGCCAUUUUAUUUAUGGAAAGAGAGUAUCAAUCUUUAGAAGAGUGUCACAAUGCUUCAGUUAAAAAUAAUGAAGAAUUGAAUGAGAAACUCAAUGACUUAAUUAAUGAAAAGCAGUCUCUUCAAGCGUUAAUUGACUCUAAGCAAGUAGAAAUAGCUGAAAAAGAAAAUGAAAUAAAUAUACAAAAAUCAAUAUGGCAGGAAAAGCAUGAAAUGCUGAUAGACCAAUUAAAUAAAAAAGAAAGCGAAAUCAAAAAAAUGAAGAUACUAUCGGAAAUAAUAAAUUAUUAUUUGAAGAAAUUUCAUCAUUAA